UAUCUCGGUCCUCUCCGUCUCCAGAUUUUUAGCUCUACCUCUCAACGCCUUUCUCCUGUAUAAUUGGCUUCCUCCUGCCCUGACUUUCACCAUUGUUCCCCACUGGCUCCGUUUCUAUGAAAUCGCCUCUGGCUCCCUCAAUAAUUAAAUCUCUCCCUUCCUUCUCUCUAUUUCAUCCUCCCGCACCAUCAUUUUACAUUUCAAAAAUUGAAAUAGAAGUUCUCAUUCUCUCUAAAUCCUCUCCAGAAACCCUAAGCCAGCAUACCAUCCACCUCAAAGCCGCCAUCACUCUCCUUUAACUUUACCUCCAGGUCUCUCUUAUCAGAUGGAUGAAGAUGGUCAUCCGUGCAACUCACUCGACUCAAAAGAGCAUCAUCGACGCUCUUCCCUCCUUCUCUCUAGAGCCACGAACUCUGACAACAAUCCCAGGCGGAAGAUCCGACAACGAAUUGUCCUCUCUUUCACUCACUGUCAAGAUUAUUGGAGAGACCUGCUCUCGCCAGACCGUCGCCGCCACCACCGGAGGAGCUGCCUCUCUAUCAUAA